GGAUGCCACCAGGUUGCAAUAGAGAGUGAUAAGUGAAUUUGAGGCAAAAAAAAAUCUUUGCGAUAAGUGUACAAUACCGCACCUCAAAAACAGAUGGUGUGACAUUUGUAAUACGGCAUAUUGUACUGUUUGCACUUAAGCCUGUUUGUGUAACUCAGACAUAUGUGUGCAACUACUAGAGGCGUGAUUAGAUGAGGUCUGAGGUUGACCCCGAUGUUUGGGAUCGUGGAGUUUUCAUGAGACACAAUUCCAUAAUCAUUCAUUUUAAAAAAUCGGAUCUUUUUAUUGUCUUUUUUUUGAGCCAGCAUGUGUUUUUGCUUUCCACUCAAAUAACCGUUUCUCGUGUGUUUUUCUAUGUCAAACACACUGUUAUGCUAACCGAUUUUUUUCAUUCGAGCUUGCUGUAUGCUUUUGCCUCCAGCUAAGCUGCCCAUUAUUGACCUCUUUAAUAUUUAUUUAUUUAUUUAUUUUUAAAAUGGUCUCUUACUGCUGUCAUGUGCAAACAAAGUGAGUUGAGUUGACAAAGUGAAGCCGUGCAUGAUUAUAGCUGCACAACACAGAGGAAAGAGGGACGAUAACACGUGGUUCUUCUUUUGUCAGUAUGAAGAUCCAAGAAGUGAAGCUCGUCAAUAAAAGCCUGGAGGAUGAAAUGGAAGUAUGGGGAUACCGACUUUGCCAUUGGAAAAUGAUCCUGGUGGGCAUAGGUACCCUUCUCUCCGGUGGUCUCUUGCUCCUGCUCCUCUACUCUUUGCCCGAGUGGGGCGUCAAAGCCACCUGCACGCUUACCUCUCUGAGGAAAGCACAAACACUGCUACUCAGGACCACGGAUGAUUCCAAGCAAUGGUUUCGCGCCGAAGUAAAAGUGAUGGCGGCUCCUGGGAAGACCCCCUUUGAUAAUGUGGAUCAUCAAUCCAAAGCUCAGAUGGAUGGCGAGGACCACAAAAUCUCCCAAAGUCUUCCACGUAAGGAGCGGUUCAGGAAAUCCUCAAAUACAAAGUUUGCAAAGGUCCGUUAUUUUACCCACCACAGCAUUAAGUAUUACUGGAAUGAAGGGAGCCAGACCUAUGAAUCAUUUAAGGGUUUGGAAGACGCCAAGGUGAAGUGUGCAGCAAUCCACACUGACCACAGCUCUGGACUCACAAAAUCACUCCAAAAGUACAGAGCAUUGUUUUUUGGUGAGAAUGUGAUUGAUGUAAAAAAUCCAUUUUCACCAAAACACUUCAUCAAAGAGGCCCUGAAUCCUUAUUACAUCCUGCUGUUUGCCGCUUUCAUUCUGUGGUUUAUUGAGGGCUAUUACCACUAUUCAUUGGCCAUCCUUCUAAUGGCAGUUAUUUUAAUAGCCGCUUCUUUUUACAACAUUCGAAAGAAUCAUGUAAAACUCCACAAGAUGGUAGAAGCACAUUGUAUGGUUCGCGUUUCAGUAUGCAGAGGGAAUGAAGGAAUCGAACAGGUCACUUCGACCGAGCUUGUGCCCGGUGAUGUCAUCACUAUUCCGGCCAAUGGGAUGAUCAUGCCCUGUGAUGCUGUGCUCAUCUGUGGCACUUGCACUGUUGACGAGAGCAUGUUGACAGGGGAGAGUGUACCUGUGACAAAGAACAGUGCACCAAAUUCAGGCGAGGAUGCUGAGAGGAUCUACGAUACAGAAAAACACAGACACUACACACUCUUCUGUGGCUCACAUGUGAUUCAAAGUCGUCACUAUGGUGCCGAGCUGGUGAAAGUGGUUGUAGUGAAAACAGGCUUCAGUACAAAAAAGGGUCAGCUUGUGCAUUCCAUCCUCUACCCGAAACCCACUAUCUUCAAACUGCACCGUGAGGCCACACAGUUCCUGAUGUGUAUGGGAGUGGUGGGAAUGAUUGGCUUUGUCUACUCCAUCAUUAGCAAUGUCAUAAAUGAGCUUCCUGUUCACACGAUCAUCUUUCAGGCUUUCAACAUCAUCUUCAUUGCUGUGCCUGUGUUCUUACCUAUGACAUUGACUGUUGGUCUUGUGCAUGCACAGCGGCGCUUGAAGCGAUUCGGCAUCUCUUGUAUCAGUCCGCAAAGAAUCAACAUCUCUGGUCAGCUGAACCUGGUUUGCUUUGACAAGACUGGCACCCUCACUGAAAACAGUUUGGACCUGUGGGGUAUGCAGAGAGCUGAAAAUGGCACUUUUUCAGCUCCAAACACUGAGGAGGUAAAAGGGAGUCUGGCGAAGACUUCUUUUGUCACCUGCAUGGCUACCUGCCACUCAUUGACCAACAUAGACGGUAAACUCUGUGGAGACCCUUUGGACGUCAAAGUGUUCAGUGCCACCGGCUCGAUCCUUGAGGAGGCAAGUGAAAAACAAACCGGACUUUACAAUAUCAAAAUUUCCACUGUUGUACGAUUCCCACAACAGGUAAUCCUUCAACGAAGCUGUUUAUUUUCAAAAAUUUUUUUUUUGUACAACUUCAAAAGUUUGACAUUCAACUUUCAGUCUCGUGAAUUUGGCAUUGUGCGCCAGUUGCCCUUCUGCUCGGCACUGCAGAGGAUGAGUGUGGUUGUCCGGCAGCUGGGACAAAAACACUUGGACGUUUACCUGAAAGGAGCACCAGAGACUGUGGCUAACCUCUGCAAGCCGCAAACAGUUCCACAAAACUUCAUUGAGACCCUGGAAACAUACACGCGGCAUGGCUUCAGGGUUAUCGCUCUGGCUCAUCACCAACUUGAGUCGGAACUCUCCUGGUCCAAACUCCAGAGUCUGAGCAGAGAGCAGAUAGAAACUGAUCUGGACUUCCUUGGUUUGAUCAUCAUGCAGAAUAAAAUCAAAGAACAGACUGCUAACGCUUUACUCGAGUUAAGACGAGCCAAUAUUCGAACUUUAAUGGUGACAGGUGACAACAUGUUGACUGCAAUAUCAGUGGCUCGAGACUGCGGCAUGAUUACAGACCAUGAGAAAGUCAUUAUUGCAGAUGCCGUGCCUCCUUUUGCUCAAAACCCCGCCAAAAUCACGUGGCGCUACUUGGAGAACCCUACUUCUGAGAUCAGCUUUGCUGGUGACGAACUGGGCAGUAACAAUGACCCUGGCUAUCACUUCGCUGUGAGUGGCCAAUCCUUCAAUGUCAUCACUGAGCACUUUCCACAACUCCUUCAAAAGCUCCUCCUGAGAGCCACCGUGUUUGCCCGCAUGACUCCGGACCAGAAGACUCAGCUGGUGCAAGCCCUACAGAGCAUCGAUUAUUGUGUCGGGAUGUGUGGGGAUGGUGCUAACGAGUGGGGUGAGGCCCUUAAAAAAGCUCACAGUGGGAUUGCUCUGUCUGAGCUGGAGGCCUCUGUGGCUUCCCCCUUCACCUCAACAAUCCCAAACAUCUCCUGCAUUACCAACCUCAUCAGGGAGGGCCGUGCUGCUCUUGUCACGUCUUUCUGUGUGUUUAAGUUAAUGGCUGUCUUCAGCCUCAGCUGGUUCUGCAACAUGAUUAUGCUCUUCAUGGUUGGCGACGGAUUUGGGGACUUCCAGUACAUUUUUAUUGACUUUGGCAUUAGUAUGUUUAUCCCCUUUACAAUGAGCCUGAACCCUGCAUGGAACACGCUGGUGCGUCGUACGCCUCCAUCCUCUCUGCUUUCUGGGCAGAUGCUUUCCUCAGUUUUUUCUCAGAUCCUCAACAACGUGCUCUUCCAGUGCAUGGCGUUCCUCUUAGUCCAACAACAGAGUUGGUAUCAAACACCUGAGUCAAUCGCGUGCAACGAGACCGGCUUCAGCUUCAAUGAAAGUGAAGCUGAAGAAACACAACGCUUUAAGAGCUUUGAAAACACAUCCAUAUUCUAUGUCUCCACUUUGCAGUUCUUGAUUGUAGCCAUUGUCUUCUCCAAAGGAAAACCCUUCAGGAAACCAAGUUAUAAAAACUGGUCUUUUGUGUUAACCUGCUCAAUUCUGUAUGCAUUUAUCUUGUUCAUCAUGCUGCAUCCAAUUUCGGUAUUUGAGGACCUAAUGGAGAUUGGAUGUCUUCCCUACGACUGGCGCAUUACACUUCUCAUCAUUAGUAUAACGCAUGCUGUUGUGUGUUGCACAGUGGAGAUGGUGAAUGACCGUUGGGGCUCAGCCUUCUUCCUCUCGACUUGCUGUCGGCAAAACCGUCCUCCAAAGAAGAAAUACAAAUGUCUAAAACUCCAGGAUGAGGCUGACUGGCCUCCCGCACCGUCAACUAUCACCUUUGCCAACACUGCUCAGUACCACAGGUCUGUUACCUUUUGACAUGCACCAGGGCUGGUGCGGGGGGAAAGAAAAAAUCAGCUCUUGCAUUUUUUUAAUGCACUUCAUAAUUAACAGAGCACCACCUACUAUUAAUGUAUUCCUCCACAAAUAAAUGUAUUUCCCUAUUAUUCCAAGCCCAACGCAAAUUUUUGUGGUGAUUGAUGUACUACAUCUAAAGCAGAGGUGUCAAACUCUUGGCCCAGGGG